AUGCUCAUCAAAGUGAAAACCUUGACCGGAAAAGAAAUCGAACUCGACAUCGAACCAAAUGAUAAGGUCGAGCGAAUCAAGGAGAAGGUAAUUAAUUAAUCUGAUCACACCUUUGCUUCAAAUCAAUAUUUCCUUUUCCAGGUCGAGGAGAAGGAGGGAAUCCCGCCACCACAGCAACGUCUCAUCUUCGCUGGAAAGCAGAUGAACGACGACAAAACCGCAGCCGACUACAAAGUCGUCGGCGGAUCCGUUCUCCAUUUGGUGCUCGCUCUUCGUGGAGGAUUCUAA